AUGAACCUGGAAGACUACCUUGAAGAUCAGCAACUAUCGCUUGCCCACCGGAUCGUACUAGGCCGAUCUUCAAGGGAUCUCCAAGAGGUACUGAGAGACCAACCGGAGCUAGCCAAAGCAACGGACUAUCAUAAUCGGUCUGCCCUAUGGUGGGCUGCUCUUCGCCAUGACAUCCAUGCAUGCAGGACACUACUAUGCUUUAACGCAAACCCGAACAACGCAGAUUACCAAGGCGAAACUCUCAUGCAAAAUGAUGCCGGAACAAGUUACACCGAGAUCCUAGAGAUGCUUGUUACUGCUGGUGGCUCCAUAGGAAGUGAUGACGCCCUCAAAGAGACACCUCUUCAUUAUGCAGCUCGCUCGGACAGCCGUAUCGAGAACACAUACUUCUUGCUUGGGAACGGUGCCAAUGCCAGCGCUACGAACGCCAAUGGCGUGACGGCAAUGCAUGAAGCUCUACAAGUCGACGCUGUGGACACUGCCGAGCUGCUCAUCAAUUAUGACGUCAAUCUCAAUGCUGAGGAUAUGUAUGGGGAUUAUCACUGGCACCUUGCAAUUACGUUGUAA